AUGUCGCAAGAGAGAGGGUCCUCUUUCUUUGUCUCGGCCUCACAGCUCGUUUUGAAAGCGAAAGUGGGAGAUCACAAGUACAACCUCGCAAAAAAUGCAAGAGAAGGAUCUACCAGACGAAUAACUAACAAAUCAGAAGAGAAAGACAAAUUUGAGAGGACACGUGCAGUUCCUUUUACACCAGGUUUAGUGAAGAUUUCGGCUUUUUGGAUGGAAUUGAGAAAUGGAGAGGGACGGAUGAGGCAGAUGAGAUGA